UCAUUAACUGCACUGUACUUCCGUCCUAUGGCUGUCAAGGGGACAGCAAUGAUAUAAUUUGAAACACACUUGAAAAGCUUUUAUCAAAAUAUGCAUGAAAAGUGAUCGAAAGGAACCAUGUCGUUAGCGAUAGCGAUAACGUUAGCGCGUGCCCUGUGCAGGGUAUUGACUCGACAGAAUGCAGCGCCAAGAUCUGUGCUGGCAGUGAAUGGCCAGGUAGCACAAGCUCCCUGGUUUGCUUCAGUUCUCACGUUGAAGACCUCAGCCCCGCUAAGGGCUGAACCCAGGAGAAAGAAGAAGGUGGACCCCCGGAGGGAGCAGAUGAUCAGGGAGAGGAUGAAGAAGAAGCUGAAGAGGUUGGAGAAGGUUCCCCCGGAGAUGAUCCCCAUCGAAGACUUCAUCACUCCAGCUAAAUAUCUGGACGAAGCAAGGAGCCGUGCUCCAACUCAGCUGUCCUUCGAGGAUAGCGAGCGGCGAGCUCUGCUGCUGAAGGAGUGGUCCCGCUACAAACUGGAGCAGCACCGGGCUGAGAUGGAAGCUGUGGGCCAGGCCCUGGAGGCCCAGGCGGAGGCCCUGAAGGAGCUGCAGCUGGUGUCGGAGGACCUCUACCAGGCUGCACUGAAGCCAGACCCCCUGCUCUUCCCCUUCAGCCAAAAGGGGCCCUGUUUCACUCCACCCAAGCCCCAGUACGAAGCACCGGAGGGCAAAUACACAGACAUCACCAAGGUCUACACUCAGUGAGAAGGUGGGAUGAGGAGUAGUCGCAUCUGGUGUUGCAGAUCCAUCUUCAGACGAACUUGACGUGACAACGGGCCAGACGUUUUUAUGAGAUUUCCUCAGAAAAAGGAUCACACCCGGGUGGAUUGCGUCCGCUGUCACGUCUUUGCAACUUCCACAAAACUGGGAGGGGCUUGCGUUCGUCAGAUUGGCAGUUCUAUCAUGUGUUGACUGCCAGAGGAAGAUGUUGUGUCCAUAAAAAAGAAAGAUGGUCGAUUGCAACGUCUCACCGGGGUGUGGUUUCAUCAGCUCAUUCAGUGUUGUCAUGUUUGAAAAAGUAAUACUGGGUAUGUCCCAAAAUGUACAACAUCAAAACCUUGAAAUUCAUGUUUUUUAUUGUAAUGCGUGAUCAGAUUCAUGUAUGUUACACACACACACAAAUGUGAAUGAAUCAUUAAAGGCCAUUAACAUAC